UCGCUGCCUUCUUCACCGACUCGUCUUUCUUUCAAAUUCAGUACUUUUCCUUAAACAGCAAGAGAGAGUUUAACAAAGAUGAGAUGCAAUUCUUCUCGUUUGUCGCCAUUAAAAAGCCCAAAGAAGGAAGGUUUAGAGAUUCCAGAAGAUUAUGGAGGACGAGAAAUCGACGCCAUGGAUGACUUGCAAGGCAUUUUGAGCAUUGAAGAUGAAGAAAAUACUUGUAUUCCAAAGGAUGAGAAUGGUUAUGGCUAUGGCUUACUCAGUUGGGAUUUUAUGGAGUUAGAUGAACAGAUAAAUGGAGAAGAUGGAGAUGGUGGUUGUUAUUAUUAUAAUAAGUUUGAUAAAGUCAACAGCUUUUUUGAAGAAGAUUAUCGGGAUAGCAGCAAUAAUAACAUGAUAAAUAGAGAGUGUAUUGGAUUCUCUUUGGAUAAUGUUGAUGAAGAAGAAGAAGAAGAAGAUGGUAUUAUUAUUAUUAAUAAUGAGAAGAAGAAGAAGGAGAGUGUUUCUUUGAACUUAAACUUGAAUUAUCAAGAGGUAUUGGAUGCAUGGUCUGAUAGGGGUUCUCUUUGGGCUAAUGAUUGCUCUGCUUCAAUGGCUACCAGUAAUACCUAUUAUAUGGGAGAGGUGCCAGUGAUGGAAGAAGAAAAAACAAGAAGGGAAGCAAGUGUGAUGAGGUACAAAGAGAAACGCCAGACUAGAUUGUUCUCUAAGAAGAUAAGGUAUCAGGUUCGCAAGCUCAAUGCUGAUAAAAGACCUAGACUAAAGGGUCGAUUUGUGAAGAGGGUAUCCUGAAAAAUACUCCAAAUGGGGACUUGAAAUAUCUGAAUUCUGAAGAAAUAUCUCUCUCUUUGGACUUUUUCAUGCGCACAAUUAAUAUUCAUGCUUUGUAUUUUUCUGAAAAUAUCUAAUUUUUUGAGACAACUUUAUGGGUAGUUCUGAUGGAGCUUUCUGUCCAUUCCCCAUAAUUGACCUAUGUAUAUUCUCUACUGUGAUCACCAUACAGUAUGGUCUUUAUCUUGCUUUUAGCGAUCAAAAACUUUCGUA